AUGGUCAAGAAACUACUCGAAAGCCACACCUUCCAUCAAGGCGUCCGGAAAGCCCACAAGAGCUGGUAUCGCCUACGAAAUGGUCCUCUGCAAGGAGAUGAAGGCGGAACCAACCUUGAAAGACAAGGCCCGGGCUUUGGAUCGCAUCUCUGGGACGAGAUCCAGACACAACUCGGUCGCAACAAGAAGGAAGACAAUCCGCUGCAAAAGUCGGAUCCGACACAUACAACACAAUCACACAAGCCCACCUCGACUCAACCCGACCAGGACAGAACCACUCGUUCCAACACCAACCCUGAACCCCAGCCAGCAAACGAAAGCUUUUUGUCACAUUUUAUGGACGAAUUACGCUCGCAAUCCCGUGGCCGCGACAAGCGCCCUUGA